AUGAAGCCAUCAACGGAACAAAUCAACGAAAGGACAAUCCUCUCAGAGAUCGCCCAGAUUUACGAUCCUCUGGGACUCAUCGGACCGGUUAUCAACAGGGCGAAAAUCUUCAUCCAAGAGCUGAGGCUUCUCAAAAUUGGUUGGGAUGAUCCACUGCCCUUGAGUCACAUCAAGCGUUGGAAACAAUUCAGGGAGGAAUUCCCAAAUCUGGAUCAAAUAUCAAUCCCACGGUGGCUUCAAACACCAUCGACUUCAAGCAACAUCCAACUUCAUGGGUUUGCUGACGCUUCGAAUCAGGCAAUGGGCGCCCCAGUAUACAUCAGGGUGGACAAUCAUCAAUCUGAGCCACUAGUCAUCUUGGUUAGUGCAAAAACCAAGGUCGCACCACUUAAGAAAAUGACAAUUCCUCGCUUGGAAUUGACAGCUGCUGUCAUCUUAACCAAUCUGGUCAUCUACAUCAGGAAGAUGUUGGAGAAAGAGAAUCUACCACUCUUUCUCUGGUCUGACUCCACGGUGGCGCUCACAUGGAUCAAUGGACACCCAUCAAGGUGGAAGGGUAUUGUUCAGAAUCGAGUUAUCAAAAUCCAGAACUCAUUACCAGCAGCUGAAUGGAAACAUAUCAGGGGAGUCGAGAACCCAGCAGACUGUGCAUCACGGGGAUUAUCACCAGAUCAACUAGUAAAUCAUCAGCUGUGGUGGAAUGGUUUAUCAUGGCUGAAAUCAUCAAUGGAAAACUGGCCAUCAUUAUCAUCAACAUCAAUCGAAUCUAUGGCAGAAGCAGCACUGGAGGAAAGACCAGUGUCUGCACAUCCUGUGUCACUGAAUCUGGAGUUGCUCAGGAUCUCGGCGAGUGUCCUGCGAGUCAUCAACAACAUGAGAAGGGAGCCAGUCCCAAGAGAAUCAGAUCUCUUGCCAGAAGAACUGGAGGAGACCGGAAUCUUUUGGAUCAACUAUACACAACAGGAGAGUUUUGGACCAGUCAUCAAUCGCCUCAUCAAUGGACAAGACAUCGCAAAUAAUCAUCCAAUGGCACCGCGGGCGGCUGAAACGAUCAACUCUUUAGCCAGGACCCAGGAAUCCAUCAAUUCUACCAAGAAAAUCAAGGCUCACAUCACUGGUCAUCGAGGAAGCUCAUCGGAAAACUUUUCAUUGAGGAGUACAGGCGACGUUGGCACACAUCAGACACAAAUACUGGAUCAUCGGGGGUCGUCAUCCUGUAAAAUCGCAUAUUCGCAAGUGCGUGAUCUGCGCACGACAUCGAGCCAUCAGGGGACAGCUGCCUCCAAGAAGAAUCACAUCAGCACGGCCAUUCAAACACGCAGGAGUAGACUACGCAGGUCCUAUCAAAAUCAGCAAAUGGAGAGGAUCAGGAGCUCGACAAUAUCAUGGGCAUUCAUCGAGACAUACAAACGAUUCAUUGGAAGGAGUGGUAUCUGUGCUACACUUAGCAGUGAUAAUGCUAAGACAUUCAUGGGAGCAGACAAUGAGCUGGGCAGGCUUUUAGACGAAUCAAGGAAGGAAAUUCAUUACAUCAUCAACGAACUCGCAUCAAAUGGCACAAAAUGGAUCUUCAUCCCACCGCAAUCACCCCACAUGGGUGGGAAAUGGGAAGCUGCGGUGAAAUCUGUGAAAUUUCAUCUAAAAAAACUCACGGGGAAUUUGGUACUCCCGUACGGGGAACUCAAUACACUUAUCAUUCAAAUCGAGGCUCAACGUAACUCGAGGCCCCUCUGCGCUCUAUCAGACGAUCCUGAUGACUGCAGAGCCCUCACACCUAGACAUUUCAUCAUUGAGGAACCCAUCAACGCAGUUCCAGAGCCAUCACUUAUCAAUCAGGAAAUGGAAGGUCUCACAAGGUGGAAAAUGAUCGCAAGGAUAGCUCAGCAAUUCUGGGACAGGUGGUCUCGGGAGUGCAUGCAUCACUAUCAAACCAUCUACAAAUGGAAAAGAUCAACGGAUGAUAUCAAGGUCGGAACACUAGUCCUCAUCAUUGACGAGAGGUAUCCACCAACAAAGUGGCCGCUAGGACGAGUAUCAAGGGUUCAUCCAAGUGAUGACAAUCUCACAAGGGUGGUAGACAUCACCACUGGGGCAGGAGGUGCAAAUACCUACACCAGACAUAUCAACAAGGUGGUUCCGUUACCAGUCAGCACAGAGGAGGAAGUACCAGAGGAUCAUUCAUCAUCCUCCGAUGAUGAAGGCGGGCGGAAUCGUGACGUCUGUGUGUGUGUGUGUGUGUGCUCACUUAUUUUCCUUCACGCUCCCAGGCGAACGGUAAGCGCGAUCGGAAUGGCGGUGGUCGCGAUCGAUAGAUGUCAUCGAGUAUAA